UUAUGCAACACUAAAAUUUAAAAAAAAAAUUUGUUAACACUGAGUAUUUCUUAAAACGUGCAAAACAAUUCAACCUGUAGAGAUAUCAGAGUAGGCUUAUCAAUCGUAAAUCUCAAAGGACACGUUAAAUAUGAGCGACAGCGAGACGGAGGAAACCAAGAUCAGCACGGAGCCGGUGGAAAAUGCGUGGGCCAUGAAAAUCCCUUCCUUUAAGCCGGAGGACAACCCGCACGGCAUGGUGGAGGAGAGCUCGUUCGCCACACUCUUUCCCAAGUACCGUGAGAGGUACCUGAAGGAAGUUUGGCCUUUGGUGGAGCAGUGCGUGGCCGAGCACCAUCUUAAGGCAGAGCUGGACUUGGUGGAGGGCAGCAUGGUGGUGAAGACUAGCCGCAAGACAUGGGACCCCUACAUUAUAAUCAAGGCCCGCGACAUGAUCAAGUUGAUGGCCAGGAGUGUUCCCUUUGAACAGGCGAAACGGGUGCUUCAGGACGACAUUGGAUGUGACAUUAUUAAAAUAGGCAACCUGGUGCACAAGAAGGAGAAGUUCGUGAAGCGGCGCCAGCGUUUAAUCGGACCCAACGGAGCCACUUUGAAGUCCAUUGAACUUCUCACAGACUGCUAUGUCCUGGUCCAGGGAAAUACAGUUGCGGCCCUGGGGCCCUACAAGGGCCUUCAGCAGGUAAGGGACAUCGUGGUGGAGACCAUGAACAACGUACACCCCAUCUACAACAUCAAGGCGCUCAUGAUCAAGCGAGAGCUGAUGAAGGACCCGCGCUUAGCCAACGAAGACUGGUCACGAUUCCUGCCAAAGUUCAAGAACAAGAACAUCAGCAAACGCAAGCAACCGAAGGUCAAGAAGGCCAAGAAGGAGUACACACCGUUCCCGCCAGCACAACCCGAAAGCAAGGUGGGCAAGCAACUGGCCUCAGGAGAGUACUUCCUCAACAAAGAGCAGAAGCAGGCCAAGCGCCAGCAGGAGCGUAGCGCCAAGCAGGCGGACGCUGCCAAGAGGCAGGAUGAGCGCCGCAACAAAGACUUUGUUCCGCCGACUGAAGAGGCUUCUUCAAGCAGAAAGCGUUCAUCGGCAGAAAACGCAUCCUCCAAAGUUGACGUGAAGGCGUUGAAGGCGAAACUUCUGAAGGCAAACAAAAAAAAGGUUUAAAGUUAUCGAGGUAGUCUUUAAAUAGUUACAUUUAAUUUUACUAGAUCCUAUAAGUAACGAAACUUUUUUAAUUAUUUUACGCAAACGUAUAAAGAUAAAUAAAAAAGACCAGAAAUAAUUCCUGCA